AUGGAGCCACUCCCCGCAUCACUGCUUCUCGACCACGAGAUUGCCCGGAAGGAAGCGCUUGCAGAUAAGGGAAAUGUGAUGACCGGAUGUCCCGAGUUGGAUGAGUAUGUUCUCCUAGGCGGGCUCGAACGCGGGUCGGUAGUGGGGGUGAGCGCGGAGGAGGAGGAAAUGAGUAUGCUGGUUGGUUUUCAGUUUUUGGCGCGACUGGUGGCUACGGAGCCGACGGCGAACGUCAGGGUUGUCACGAUGUUGUCCAUGACGGAACUGGUGCCGAGGCUGAAACAGGCGCUGGUUGGUCAGCUAUCGGGGCUGGAUGGCGGAGUGGAGGGAUUGAAGGGGAAAGUCCAGGCGUGUUUUGUGAGGAUAUCUAUUUCUCGGGUGUUUGAUGUCGAGGGGCUUUCGGAGGUUGUUGAUGAGCUGGGACAGGCUGUUACUGUGGUUCAUGAUGGUGCGGCCCAGGGUGGUCCCUCGACGACGGAGACGGGGAGGAAGGGGGGUGAAGGCUCUGGGGUUCAAAACGUAGGGUCGACUACGAACACACUAUUACCACAACAACAGCCACAGCCUCAGCCAGCACCCCAAUCUACCCUCCCCGACCUGGUCCUCAUCACCCACACCUCAAGCCUCCUCAGCACGCUCUUCACCGGCCGCGACAAAGACACCGCUCACAACACGGCCGUCCUCCUGGGCUCCCACUUGCGAACUCUUUCACACUCCCCGGCUCCCGGCGGGCCCCUCAUCAUGCUUCUAAAUACCACCACAUCUUCCUCAUUCCCUUCUGCGGCUCAUAACAACAACAAUAACAACAACCUUGACGAACCCGGUCCCAUCCCGCGAACAGACGGCCGUGAGAGACCAACAAAACAUCCCGAUCCAACACUCCGUUCCAUCUUCAACCCUCUACCCUCCCACCGUCGACCAACACCAGUAACAAUAACAGAAGCACCAGCACCACCACCAGCAGCAGUAUCCCGCAACAAACCCUCCUUCGGCCUAAUUUUCACCCAGCUUCUAGACGUGCACCUACUCUGCACACGCGUGCCCCGUACAAGGAAGGACAGGGAGGCUAUCGUUGCAGCUGCAGCAGCAGCAGCGGGUACAGAUGUAUUCAAUCUAGGGAUAAGGCCCGGGGGCGUGUUGUACGUGUGGGUGGUUGAGGUAUUGCUGGAUGAGGUGGGGGUGUAUGAAGGGGGAAAGGGUCAGGGUCAGGCAGGUGGUGGUGGCGAAGAUGGGGAUUGGGGAUGGGAGGGUAGAAGGAGGAGGAGUAGAGAGCAGAGGUGGGGGGUGGUGGAUGUGGAUGGGCUGGGGAGGAUUGGGGAUGUGGUUUGGUGA